GUCUCUCGAGCGCCUAAUUUACCAACCAAUGCUGGGAGUUCAUUAAGCCCCGUAGAGAAAGUAACAUCUAACUCAAUAACAUAUAUCAUUGGCAUCACUGUCGCUGUGUCGCUCCUCGUUCUAAUUGCUGUGGCUUUCUACUGUUACUGGAGGAAAAAAAAUCGGCAUGAAGGAAACAAGGCUUAUGACCCUCAAGGUAAUGUAUUUUUUGAGGUCAAAUCGUCAAGCUGAGCGAAGUCUCAAAAGGGUUUGUUGUCCGUAAGCAUUAAGGCUCUUACGCCAAACAGAACGGCGACAAUAACGAGAAAGUUGCGAAUCAAUCGAUUUAAUGAAGAGGAAAAUAGAACCCCACGUGAGUUUUUAUAAAACACUUCGUAGAUUUCCUAAUUUUCACUUGCUUAACAACAACGUGAAAAUGACAAAAGACACAUUUUGCGUAGUUCGCGAACGAGAAUCCUGGCAGCAAAUAUUUUGCAUGUUUACCUGUUACUCGUUGACACCUACACAUAUUACGCUUGAAGAGGAGAUCAGACGCUAUUUAAAACUGUUGGACGUGACGAUGUUGACAGAAUGCUGAUUUGAGUUCUCCUUCCUUAUUGACUGAGAGGAGAUGCAAGUUUUCUCGACCAAACGCUUUGCGAAACCAUGAAGAAACAAUGCAACCCCUGAAAUAAAAUAUAUUAACGUUCACACGGCAACCAGGUGGACAAUCGUAACUUCUUCGGUUACAUUCAUUAAAUCUGCAAACCAGAGUAGCGUCAAACUAUGUCUGAAUGCAAUCCCUUGUUUUCACCUCUACGGAAUAUAACUCUGUAUGAAUUUUAAUCCUGAGAAAAUGCAAUGAAAACUUGCAACAACGCGUAGCUAGUGAAGUAUGCUAAACGAUGGACAGUUAUUCAAUUCUGGCUCGAAGUUUACCGAUAAAAGCCGCCUAUACACUCAUUUACGUGUACCACGCGAUCUCUGCUAAAUAAAUCACGUUUUCCAGAAUAGUUGACAGUCGACAGCGUUGAAAAAUAGACUGACGCCAUAUUAGAAUCUCUUUCUUUUUUCCUCUAGCUGUUAUCCUGAGAGGGACUGAGAGACAGAAUCUUUCACAAAUUCGCUGUUGUUUUUGUAAUUGUUUAAGAAAUGGAGGAAGCGAAAUAUGACUUUGUGCCGCCGACUUCAUCGGAGACACCAGCUCAUGCGCGAUCCUCGUACGGACUUCGAGGAAGGCGGACGGCCUGCUCCACGAGACCAAAUGGUCAUCAACGAGAUUCUGACUCUCAGGGCAGUAGUGGCUCGUUACAGGGCGUCAGCGUAGGCAACGGAAAAAGUAAGUAUGUCUUAAAUGGGAAAGAAUUCGGUCUGUAUUCAAAGUAAUCGUUGAGGAGUUGGAAGAAGCGCGCGUGGCCGCGUGACACUUUCGUGACAAUUCGUUCUAUGUGUUGUGUGACAUUUUUGAACUAGACAAUUUUUAGUUGAUUAUUUUCCAUAGUUCAAAUCUUUUUUUAUCCAAGGUCUGUUGCUAUUUAGCAUUUCCUGUAAUCCUAUUCGUGAUCGAAGUAAUUUUCAUACUUUGCAAUAGUUCUAACUGAAUACUACAAUGUGUGAGAAACUAAAGGAUUGUUGAAGAAAGCAUGGGCAUCAUCCACAAUCCAGAUUCCAGAACAUCUGCAGACAUAUUUGAAUAAGAAGGAAUAACGAAGGUCCGAGAGAGAAAAUUAUUACAAAACUAAGUUAUAGUUUACGCUAGAUUUAAUGUGAAAAAACAAUAAUUCAACUCUAUUCCGACAGAGUCAUGUUAAAUCAUAUCAUGACUACAACUCUGGAAUAGAGUUGAAAUAUUGUUUUUUUUUUCACGUAAAAUGGACAGCUGGAUCAAGAAAUUUGUUCACUCGCCGUAUGCCUGAUCGAUGGUCUCUUUUAGUGUUAGAGCGUCUUUCUAUUUUAAAUUCUUGGUUUCUUUUGUGAUGCAUCUUUUCAAUACUUUCUACCUUUUUCUUUUGUUUUUGUUUUGUUGUCUUUUAUUUUGCUUUGUUGUUUUUUUUCUGUUUGUUUUGUUUGCGUCGUUUUGUUUUGUUUUUCACCUCUUCACUGUUUAGCUCCCGUUUUUUUUGGAAAGUUCUUCGUCUCGGUUCGCUACUGUUUACUUGUUGUUAAUCCUUUAACUUCCAAAAGAGAUCAACAUGAGACUUCUCCCUAAAAUAUUCCUACAUCAUCCAGCAAACAGGUGAUGAGAAUGUUGGUAGUUAUCAGGUAGAUUUUUUUACCCUCAUCUAACAUCAGAUUCUCAAAAAUAAUUUAGAAGGAAAUCUGCAACAGCUAGAGGGGAGAAUUGACAAUAAGAUCUUGGGAGUUAAAUGGUUAAAACUUACCUUUACCACUAAACACUGCAAUUCUCUGAGGCGGGGCAAAGAGUUAAAACUGCUUCAUUGAGCAACAGCAAAAAUUGAAUUAUGCCCCGGCCACAACUUCACCGAUUACACAAAAGUGACGGUCUCUUGGUGUUUUGUUUAAUAAGAAAACACGAGAAACCAAGGUGGAGAUUAAAACUCCUUGACUUCGAACGUGUACCGCUGGCCUGCGGAGUGGUGCCAACCUUCGGAUUUUCGAAGUGAAAGUCGUUUUUUUUAUUUGAACUCCACGCUAGAGAUUGUACCUUGUGUCAUUUAUUCAUUUUUAACGGAAACCAACCUUACCCCUUCCAAGGCAAAGGCUGACCAUAGUAUGUCUCACCCUUCUCCCCCUGAAGUCUGCAAAUGACCAAAUCUAAUCCCAUAACUCUAUGCGCACCUGCGACCUCUCCCCAGACCUCCCGUAUCUACCAGCAAAAUGGUACUUUUUGCAAGUCUCAGAACAUGAUAAUAAUAUUUUUGAUUUCUCUACCACAGGUAAGACGUUAGUUCGGGACCUUCCCGCUCAUGUGUUCAUCGAACUUGGAAAGUUUUUAAACCCCAAGUCAAGCAAAAACUGGGUGACACUUGCGGGAUACCUCGAGUUUACUACGAAUGAGAUAAAAAACUUUGAACUUGAGGUCAACGAAGCUACUCAAAACGUGCUUUAUCAGUGGGGACAAAAAGAUAGUUCCACUGUGGAUUUCCUUAUCAAUGUAUUGAAGAAAAUGAAGAGGGAUGACUGCGUGCAAGUUCUUAAGCCGUGGGAUAACUGA